CAAUCCAAACGCGAGCAAGCCAGGUACCUCGUCACCUGCGCGCUCCGCGUCCUCCAGCUGGCCAUGGGCCUCGCCGUGAUAGGUCUCUACGCGCAAGAGAUCAACGCCGCGCGGGCCGCCGCGAGCGGCACGAGCGGCACGGCGCACCGGCCGGCGCGCUGCGUGUUGGCCGAGACCACGGGCGUGCUUGCCUGCAUGACGGCGACGGCGUGCUUGGGUCUUGAGGUGUGGUGGAAGAAGCGCGGGCGUGAGGGGCUGGGGCGGCGGGCGCGGGUGCAGAUGCCGUUGUUUGCGUGGGAGGGGUUGCUGGUUGUGUUGUGGUUGGUUGUGUUUGGGGUGUUUGGGGCUGUGUAUCUGGGGGCGAGGCAUCGGGAUAAGGAAAGUAGUGCGGGUGCGGAUGCGGGUGCGGGUGCGGAUGUCCUCGAUGAGGGGAUUCGACUGGUUCGGAUGCGGAGGGCGGUUCGGGUGGAUUUGGUGAAUGUGUUGCUUUGGGCUGCCUCGGCGACUUGGAGUGGGUUGAGGUGGUGGAGGGGGAAA